AUGGCCAUGGAUCUAACCUGUCUUAGUAUUCAUCCUCCAUUACCAACAAUACCAAUAAUUGCUAAUGAUUCUAGUACAAUUAUUCAUCCAACUUAUAAACCAAAUAGUGGUAGUAUUUCUCAAAUGAUAUCUGCUGCAAUGGCACGUUCAACAUUUUCUAUAAAUGAUGUUCGAUCUUUAUUAGAAAAAAUAUUUAAUAAAAAUUUUAAUUCAUGGAAUUUUUCUGAAAUAACUAAAACAAAACCAAUACCAUCAAUUAUUAUUUAUACUAGUAUAGCUCUUGCUUUAUUUUUAAUCUUUUCAAUUAUAUUUUGUAUUGUUUCAUGUUGUCAUUUUAAAAAAAAUCAAGGAAAAAAACGACAACAAUCGAAAGCUUCAUGUAUUUCUAAAUGUUUAUUAAUAAUUGUUUUUUUACUUGGAAUAGGUGAUAUGGGUUAUGUUGUUUAUCGAAUAAAUCAAUCGAAAUAUUCUAUUGAUAAUACAAUUAAAGAAGUUAAUCGAGAUAUUUAUCCAAAAGAAAUAUCUGAACAUAUUAAAUAUUUAAAUAGACAACUCGAAAAUCUUGACCUAUAUUUUAUACAAACAAAUUCAAUUUUUAUUAAUGCAUCAAAAUCAAUGUUAGUCGAUGCAUUUGAUGGAAUAUUAAAAGAAAAAUAUUUUCUUCAAGAUAUUAUUCAAUCUGUAAAUAAUAUUGAUAAAUCUAUUCAAGAAUUGCAAGAUAUAAUAAAUAAAUCAUCAACAUUAUCUCCAUUAGCUAUACAAACAUUUCAAGAAAUUCAAGAACAAUAUAAAAAUACGAUCGAUUAUUUACAAAUACCAUUAAAAGAAAUUUGUAAUUAUGCUAAUGGAACACAAACUGAUAUUGAUAUGAAAUUAUUAAAUGUAUUAAGUUUUGUUCAUGAAAAGUUAAUUACAGCAAUUAAUUCAAUCAAUAAUGAUAUUCUAAGUAAAAUAACACCAUGGCAAAAUUAUAUGUUAUUAAAUAUAGAUCUAGAAGAAAAAAUUCGAGGAUAUAUUAACCUUGUUGGAAUUAUUUUUCUUGUAUUAGUAAUUGUUCUUGGUAUGAUUCCUGUAUGUUUUCUUAUUUUCAUAAUUAUAUAUCGUUUAUGUAAUCAAAAUGAAAAUAAAUAUAAUAACAACAAUUCUAAUCGAAUACAAAAGAAUGAUGUAAUGGUAGUGUCGGAUAUGUUUUCCAUGAAUAGUUAUCCUAACAGUCAGAGCGAUUAUCAACAUAAGACAGUUAAUAAAACGACACCCGCAAAUCAUCAUCGAUAUUCAAAUAAAUCGAAAGGAAUGAGUUCUAAUGAUAGUUCAUCUGGUGUAUUACUUUGUUUGAUACGUAUUGCAUUUGUUAUUAUGAUUAUUAUACUUAUUGUUAUGGUUCUACUAACUGGUGUUUAUUAUGCUCUUGAUCUUGGUGUUCAAGGUGCUUGUCGAGCAGUUCAUGAUGAUCAACCUUUUCUAAUUAAUUUUGUUACCGAUAAAUUAAUCGAAUGGAAUGUUAUGCCUUAUUAUAGUUCUGAAAUCAAUAGAACAGUAAUUGAUGUGAUUAGUGAUUGUAGUAAUAAUAUACAUUUUAGUAAAAAAAUUUUUGAAAAUUAUUGGUCUGUGUUAGAUAAUGAUGUUAAGGAUAUGAUGAAUACAUUAAGUGAACAUAUAUUUAAUCAAUUUAUUAAAUCUAUUGGACAAAUUGAUAUUCCUUCAGAUAUUAAUUUACUCAUACAAUUAGCUAAUCAAACUAAUCGAACAGAUGUUUCAAUUAUAGUUCAAGAAAU